AUGGCAUGCAUCUGUCCGAUCCGCGCGCCUCCAUCAAACCGGCCAGCCGUUUGCAAAAUCAGUUGCCACACUUGCCAUCAUCAAUCAAUCAUCCGAUCCAGUGUCCCUCUCCGUCCAGGCCGCGCUGCUCUUCAUCUUGACGGCCAUCUCACCCUCACCGUCAAUAUCCUGUUUGCUGGUCUGGUUGGCAUCCCUCUCGCGGCAGAUCACCGCCAGAACGACCGUGGUAAGCUACACGGAGCACAUCUGCACCGAACCGACCAUAGAAUCACGGCAGAUCUGUCCUCCUGGUCUGUGGAUGGCUGCAGAUGGGUCGGUAGUAGCUCAUCGGCUAGGUAGGUUGGCUGCACCCAUCCUCCAUCCAUCCAUCCAUCCAUUCUUUGCUGCUGCGGUCAUGCAGGUGCGUCUUGGGCGAAUGCCACACACAUGGCGGGGUUGAGGCUCUUCCAGGGGAAGAUUCAGCUGGCCAAACAACUCAGCCAGUCGUCCCUCGCCCUCAGCAGCGCUGCCCAUGACAUGCUCACCGGAGCCACGGGCCUCAUCGACACCCUGGCGGCGCACCAGCAGCCGGGCACCUUCGUGCAGAUGGGCGAGCACUUCAACCAACCAAGGCCGCCCCCGAGGGGGUACAAGAAGUGCACUCUUGAGGAGAUGGUGGAGUUUUUGAAGCCGAGGCUCCUCUCAGCCCUCCUGCCAGAGAACGGGGUCUGCAUCCGCGACACAAAGAAGAUAUUGAAAGAAAAGCGCGGUCACGGCCGCUUCACCCGGUGUUUCCUGACGUGUCCACACACGGACUCCUUUUUCGACUGGCACCACCCCAUGCUCGGACGCAUCUCUUCUCUCGACCUCGCAAACGAUCCCAAAAUCCCGCCGCCGGGGGCAGUAUGCCACCUUUACGACAAUUCGGGCAAUCCGAAACACAAUGAGUGCCAACUCGGCUCCGAAGCCACCAAGUACAGCUUCUUCGCCCUCGACAGGAUCGAUUUGGCGAUGCAGAACCUGGUCGAAUACCAUGGCCAGUGGGGCGAACGAUUCCGUGUCUACCCGGGCCGGCACUAUGAGGGGCAGGACAAGUGCGAGGGCAUUUACGUGGAGUCCUCGUGGUUCCACCGCGACCUCCCUGAGGGCUAUCAGAGGUACAAAAUCCCACUGCCCGACCUCGGGGCAUGGUCGCACUGCGACGGCUGGUAGGGCGCCUGACGCACAUACACACACAAGACACACACUGCAGGCAGCCCAUAACGUAGUGAGGGAGGGACAGUGGUGAGGGAGGGGAGGGGGGAUGUAUCGAUCGGGUGAUUAAGCCAUGGACACUCCGUUUUUCACCUUGCUUCCAUCUGCGUCUCGCCGUGCUUCUCUCUCUCAAUUUGUCGCACAACAUCUUUCUUUGUCCUUUCCGUUUGGCCCCCUUUGUUUCCUCGAGAGAGAAAGG